AUGGAAGCCGCCCGGGAGGGAGGGGUGCUCCUGGGAUACCUGGCGCUUCCCUCCUGGAAGAAAGUGGAUGUCUGCGGCCAUAGCCAGUCGGCCCUAGGCGGCUCCACCCAGGCCCAGGAGCCCCGCCCUGCCCCACCCCGGGGCCUUCCACCAAUGGAAGCCGAGCCCCUGCCCGCCUCUUGGUCAGAAGCCCCGCCCCCCAGGGCCUGGAAUGCCAGGAUGCUACACCGGGGCCUCCUCCCAGGCGUCGACUCCACCCCCGGGCUCAAACCCCUCCCCAUCGGACCGCUCACGCCUCUGAGCACCCCCCCUCCCUUCUGCCCCCCACCACUGUGGGGCUCUAGACCCCCUCCUCUACCGGGCACAAUCUGGAAUGUUAUCCCUGAUGUCAAGCCCGCUGGGAGAAAAGCUGCCCAUCUCUUACCUGACAAGCUUUUGUUCUCUCUUCUGGCUCAAACUGAGAUGGGCCUGGAGAGGUCUCUGCUCUAUUACUCCCUAUACCUGCAGAAUCCAGCUUGUGACCAGAUUCCUUCUUCCUCCCCUGCUCAGCCUGAAGAGGACCAAAACAUAGCCCAAGCAGGGAGCCUGGAACCAGAGGGAAUGGCCCCUGCAACCCAAAGACUCUCAUGGCAGGAGUCACUGACAUUCAAUGAUGUGGCUGUGGACUUCAGCCAGGAGGAGUGGUGCCUCUUGGACCAGGCUCAGAAAGAGCUGUACAAGGAGGUCAUGCUGGAAAACUCCCAGAACCUGCUUUCCCUGGAUGCACAGACCAGUUUCGAAGUAAAUAAGACUACUGCAAAGCUGAACAUUUCUACAGAAGAUUCUCACCAGCAAAGAUUCAUGAGUAAUAGUCCCUAUGAUUUUGAUUUGAGAGAAAUCUUUGACUCAAUAGAGAAAAAUCAAAAUAGUUACUGUGUAUUUGAUAAAAAUGGAAAGAAUCUCAGUCAAUAUUCAGUCCUACUUCAGUGUCAGAAUAUGACCUCAGAGAAUGAGUGCUUUCAGCAUAAUGAAGAUAGGGAACACUUUACUAAAAAGGUCCAACUUAAUCAGUCUUAUAAGAAGUCUUCUCAUAUGCAACCGUACCAAGAUUUUCAAAGGGAAAAGGCCAUCAGCUUGAAUUCAGACCUCAUUAGACAUCAGAAAAGUUAUCCUGAAGAAUUGCUUUAUAUAGGGAAUGAAGGUAGGAAGACCCUCAGGCAGGCCUCAAAGCUCAUUGGCCAUCAUAAAAUUGACACAAGAGAGAAACCUUAUGAAUGUAAUCAAUGUGGAAAGGCCUUUACAAAUAGAUCCAGUCUUCCUGUACAUCUGAGAAUCCACACUGGAGAGAAACCUUAUGAAUGUAAUCAGUGUGGAAAGGCUUUCACACAUGGGUCCAGUCUUUCUCAACAUCAGAGAAUUCACACUGGAGAAAAACCUUUUGAUUGUAAUCAGUGUGGGAAAACUUUCAGACAGAAUUCCAAUCUUUUGACACAUCAGAGAAUCCAUACUGGGGAGAAACCUUUUAAAUGUAAUCAAUGUGGAAAGGCUUUCAUUCAGAGCUCUAGUCUUGAUCUUCAUCAGACAAUCCACACUGGAGAGAAACCUUAUCAAUGUAGUCACUGUGGAAAGGCUUUCAGAAAUAGAUCCAGUUUUGCUGUACAUCAGAGAAUCCACAGUGGAGAGAAACCUUAUGAAUGUAACCAAUGUGGAAAGACUUUCACACAGAACUCCCACCUUUUGACACAUCAUAGAAUCCACACUGGAGAGAAACUUUAUAAAUGUAACCAAUGUGGAAAGACUUUCACACAGAAUUCCAAUCUUUUGACACAUGAGAGAAUCCACACUGGAGAGAAACCUUAUGAAUGUAACCAAUGUGGAAAGAUUUUCACACAGAACUCCCAUCUUUUGACACAUCAGAGAAUCCACACUGGAGAGAAGCCUUUUGAAUGUAAUCAGUGUGGAAAGAGUUUCAGAGAGAUCUCCAAACUUUUGGCACAUCAGAGAAUCCACACUGGAGAGAAGCCUCAUGAAUGUAAUCAAUGUGGAAAGACUUUCAGAGAGAUCGCUAAACUUUUGACACAUCAGAGAAUACACACUGUAGAGAAACCUUAUGCAUGUAACCAGUGUGGAAAGACUUUCCGAGCAAGAUUAUAUCUUGUUGAACAUCAGAGAAUUCACGUUGGAGAGAAACCUUAUGAAUGUUAUCAUUGUGGAAAGACUUUCACCCAGAACUCCCAUCUUUUGACACAUCAGAGAAUCCAUACUGGAGAGAAACCUUUUGCAUGCAGUCAUUGUGGAAAGACUUUCACCCAGAACUCUCAUCUUUUGACACAUCAAAGAAUCCACACUGGAGAGAAGCCUUUUGAAUGUAAUCAAUGUGGAAAGACUUUCCGAGCAAGAUUCAAUCUUGUUAAACAUCAAAGAAUCCACACUGGAGAGAAACCUUUUGAAUGCAGUCAGUGUGGAAAGACUUUCACCCAAAACUCCCAUCUUUUGACACAUCAGAGAAUUCACACUGGAGAGAAACCUUAUGAAUGUAAUCAAUGUGGAAAGGCUUUCCGAGCAAGAUUCAAUCUUGUUGAACAUCAGAGAAUCCACACUGGAGAAAAACCUUAUGAAUGUAAUCAAUGUGGAAAGACUUUCCGAACAAGAUUCAAUCUUGUUGAACAUCAGAAAAUUCACAUUGGAGAAAAACCUUAUGAAUGUAAUCAGUGUGGAAAGACUUUUAGGGAGAUGACCAAACUUUUGACCCAUCAGAAAAGCCAUACUGGAGAGAAAUCUUAUGAAUGUUGUCAGUGUGGAAAGACUUUCAGACAAAUGGCCAGACUUUUGACACAUCAAAGGAUCCACACUGGAGAGAAACCUUUUGAAUGUAGUCAGUGUGGAAAGACUUUCAGACAGAUGACCAAAUUUUUGACACAUCAGAUAAUACACAGUGGAGAGAAAUCUUUUGAAUGUAAUCAGUGUGGAAAGGCUUUCAGACAGAUGACCAAACUUUUGACACAUCAGAGAAUCCACACUGGAGAGAAACCUUAUGAAUGUAAUCAGUGUGGAAAGGCUUUCAGACAGAUGACCAAACUUAUGACACAUCAAAGAAUCCACACUGGAGAAAAACCUUUUGAAUGUAAUCAAUGUGGAAAAACUUUCAGACAGAUGACCAAACUUUUGACACAUCAGAGAAUCCACACUGGAGAGAAACCUUUUGAAUGUAAUCAGUGUGGAAAGACUUUCACCCAGCAUUCCAAUCUUAUGACACAUGAGAGAAUCCACAGUGGAGAGAAACCUUAUGAAUGUAACCAAUGUGGAAAGGCUUUCACACAGAACUCCCAUCUUUUGACACAUCAGAGAAUUCAUACUGGAGAGAAACCUUAUGAAUGUAACCAAUGUAGAAAGACUUUCCGAGCAAGAUUUAAUCUUGUUGAACAUCAGAGAAUUCACACUGGAGAGAAACCUUAUGAAUGUAAUCAAUGUGGAAAGAGUUUCACCCAGAACUCCCAUCUUUUGACACAUCAGAGAAUCCACAGUGGAGAGAAACCUUUUGAAUGUAAUCAAUGUGGAAAGACUUUCACACAGAACUCCCAUCUUUUGACACAUCAGAGAAUCCACACUGGAGAGAAACCUUAUGAAUGUAAUCAAUGUGGAAAGACUUUCUGA